ACAAUAACAAACCUACCCACUCCGAUUGAUACUCUUCUUUGGUUUCCGUACUGUUUCUUCAAUGUUAGCGCCACAGCCUACAAACCGAACUCCAUAAAUAAACCGCCUUCUCCAUCUCUGAAAGCUCUCCAACUUGGGCAAGAAGAACGACGAGAAAGAACAACAAAGCGGUUCUUCAAGGGUUCCGAAGAAUCGGAUAUUCGGAUCGCCUCCAUCAUCGACGCCAAACGUCGCGUCUGUCAGUUACAGGUUAACUGUAUAAAUGGCUCAAUGACAGACAAGGGGAAUCUGAUCCCAUGAACAGAAAGAAAAGAUCUAUGAGGUCCAAGAAAGACAAGUUGCUUAUUCACGCGAGAAAUCUUGGCCUAAAUAAUGGACCUGCUGAUCUUACUCGUCGAGAACAGAAUGCCAUUCUUGUGAAUUUCAAGAAUGAGCAAAUGGCAUCUCGAAAUGCUAUUAAACUAGAAAAUGCAGCGCUCUUGUCAGCUGGAAAUAGUUUAUUGGACGAUGCUUAUGAAAAUUACCAAGGUUGUCCAUCAAAAUUCCUGCUUAUGUGCUUGAAUAUGAUUCAGAGUGAUCUGGAGCACGAUGAAGCCAUGAUUAAUGACAGGGGCACACCGUUCUUUGCCCUACCGUGGGGAUUUGAGUUUUGGAAGCAUUAUUCAAAUGGAAAAAAUAUUUUGGAUACGAGUCAUGCCCAUUCUACGGUUGAGCAAAUUGCUUGGAUUGCAUCAACUGCUUCAGAUACUAUAACUAGACGGGAGGAAGAAGGAUUUUCAACCGCAAACCCCUUCCUUUUGUACCUGGUUCCCUCUCAACACGAGGCCAUUAAGGUACGCCAAGUCUUCAGGCCUUUGAAAGCGUGUGGAAUUCAUACAAUCAGUCUACAUUCAGGCACUUCCAUAGACCAUCAAAUUGACGGCAUGAGGAAGUGUGAACCAGAGUUUAUCAUCUCCACCCCUGAGAGGCUUACAGAGCUCAUCUCACUUAAUGCCAUCGACUUAUCUGGGGUUUCUUUGCUGGUUAUUGAUGGACCUGUUUAUGAAGGUGGCAGUAUUGAUGCUAUUAAAACUAUUAGGAAUUUGAUUCCUGGUAGUUCACAGACUCUGAUUUUUGGUGGUUGUUUGAAUAAUCUUGAGUCUGUUUCUGCGCUAUAGAACUCCUCCAAAAAAACCCACAAAAAAAAAAAGGAGAAUUUUUCUACUAAUAACUAUACAAGUUGAGCCAAGUUUGAUUUAUUCAUAUAUUCAA